AUCAAUAUUUAAUGCCCGGAGAUUCUGGCUCUGCAGGAGUCAUGUCAGGGGACCUCUCGAGCCAAUCUGCUUGGGUGGAGGAGUGAUAAUUAUUCAUGGGCUCCUGCCUCUUGCUCCUUCUCUUGCACAGCCCCACUCUGCUGACUCAGUGCCUUAUUCAGUCUUCUCUCCCUCUCUCCACUGCUGUAGCUGGACCCCUUUGCCUUCUCUGCCUCUGAGAGCUGCACAUCCCAGCAUGGCUAAAACAGCAAUGGCUUACAAGGAAAAGAUGAAGGAGCUGUCCAUGCUCUCGCUGAUCUGCUCCUGUUUUUACCCGGAACCUCGCAACAUGAACAUCUACAAAUAUGAUGACAUGGAAGUGAAACAAAUCAACAAACGUGCCUCAGGCCAGGCCUUUGAACUGAUCCUAAAGCCGCCGUCUCCAGUCUCAGAAGCACCACGAACUUUAGCUUCUCCAAAGAAGAAAGAACUCUCUCUUGAGGAGAUCCAGAAAAAGCUGGAGGCUGCAGAGGAGAGGAGAAAGUCCCAGGAGGCCCAGGUGCUGAAACAUCUGGCAGAGAAGAGAGAACAUGAGCGAGAAGUGCUUCAAAAAGCUUUGGAGGAGAACAAUAACUUCAGCAAAAUGGCAGAGGAAAAGCUGAUACUGAAAAUGGAACAGAUCAAAGAAAACCGUGAAGCUAAUAUAGCUGCUCUUAUCGAACGCCUCCAAGAGAAGGAGAGGCAUGCUGCAGAGGUCCGUAGAAACAAGGAGCUCCAGGUGGAACUGUCUGGCUGAAAACAGCAAUGGUGGAUGUGACCCAUCCCCACCAUUAGUAAACUCCCCCUGCCUAUAUUAUUAUGGAUCAUGCGAUAUAAGUAUGGGAAAUGUAUGACGUGGUUUAAAACAAAGGUAAAAACAAGAACUCAAUAAAAAAACUUUAAAAAGAAACAAAAAAAAUAAAAACAAAAUCAAUGCGGUCUCUUUGCAGAAUGAUUUGCUUGAUGUUUAAAAAACUUGGAUCUUAUUUUGUAAAUACUUACAUUUUUGUUAAAAAAUACAAUUAUUGCAUUAUGCAAGUUAUUUCAUAAUCUUACAUGUCCUGUAACAGGCUUCUGAUGUUGUCUAUUUCCACUCGGUUGAAUUUGCUGGGUCUGUUCAUUUGAAGCACCUCGUGUCUAAUUCCAUUCCCUGCGACUUCUCAUUCCAACCCACCAUGAGGUCAGUAGUAGUUCUAUGGUGCUAGAGGCCAAUCAUUGCCUAAUAACCUAGACUGCUUUGCCAUCUAUAAGCUUUCUUGAAACAGUGACUAGAUCACAGGCAUUGUGACUUCACAUUCAGCUGUCCAAGACAAAAGGCUCCUAAAAUGGUUUUUCAAAUGCAACUUAUGCUGCAGGGCUCUGUACUGUGCUGUACAAUUGAGGUUGAAUCGCCACGUAGCGUGUUUGUUGCUUCAACUAUUUGAGGUGAGAGGCAACAAAAACAUCUGUGCAACAGAAUGAAAUGAAGCAAGAUCAGUUUGAGACAAAUUUAAAAGAGGCACGUUGUAACCAUCAAGCUAUGACAAGUUUUGGAUUAUCCAAACAGCCAUACAAAUGCUAAUUGUAAAGUGAGCUUAAUUCACCACUUGAAAAUUUAUUGAUGGAGCAACUAAUAGAUAGCAUCAAGUGGCUUUAUCUGUAGGUGCCAUGAUCUAUGAUACUUAUCUGAUGCUACCACAUUACAUGUGUAAUAAUACAAGAGGCUACAGACUAUUUCACCUGGAACCAUGAGCCAGUUGUUACUGUUUUUUUAUGACACUGCUGACUUCCAUUCAUCAUGACCUUUACUCUUCAGUGUUAGCCAAUCCUACCUAGGGACAGACAUCUAGGACUAAGAGGGCUGAAGCAGGAGGAAUGACUAGACAGGGUGCUUGUGCCAAGUACAAUAUCACCAAACCCAACACAUCAUCCCCAAAAUAGCUGCAGUUUUGAAGUUGUCCCUACCCCCCCUGGAGGUUGCUGCCUGCAUAUUCUACUCUUCAUUAGUGCUAUUUUCCUGUAUGUCAUUGUGAGCAAGCUGUGAUUAAUAAAGAAUUGGGGUUCUGUGAACUGAAAAAGGGCUUGUUUCUU